CGACGUCAGACUGUGUCAAGCUACGGUAGGGACGCGUCGUAUUUCGCUCGGUUCCCGCGCUAGCGUGAUAACUUUCGUACAAAAAAUACUUUUUGCUGUUUAAGAAAGUGUAACAGUGACCAGUGAAAAUUGUGAUUACAGUUAAAUUCGUGAUAAAAAGUGAAGUGUGACAAAACAGUGCAGUCGUUUAGCGGAUUUUAUAAACGGAUUAUCCGAUAGUGAAAUAGCAGUGAACAAGUGAGUGAUAACAGUGUGAAAAUGAUUUAAUGUAAUGGCGUGGUGGCGCUGCUAUCGCGGCUCGUGACGUAGUGAUCCAAGAUGGCGGACUCAAGUCCCGCCACUUCCAUUAUCGAGGGGACUGUUAAGUUCCGUGAUGGGAAAAAGUGGAAAUCGAGAUGGUGUGUCAUGCGAAAAUUGUCUCCAGUUGCAGAUUGCGUUCAUCUCCAACUCUACAAAGACCUAAAAGAGAGACAGAAGAACGGCCAGACGAAGGCGUCGUUAUCGCUGCAGCAGUAUCUGGGGUUCGAGUCGGGUUUCACACUUGACAAGGAGUCGAACACGCUCGCCAUACUUUGUGAGGAUGUUGUUCCAGUACUGGCUUUUGAUACCAGAGAGAUUUUGAUACAGUGGAGAGUUAAGGUGCAACACAACUUAGGCAGCAGCAAAGAAUUUGCAGCAGUUAUCAUAUCAGCACCUUCUUCCACGGGUAUCAAAGCUGGUCCCGUGCGGUUACACGCCUGUGGACCUCGGUUGGCUCUCUGCGCAUCUCGACCUCCUGAAGUGCUGGCGCUUUGGGAUGUCAAGUUGUUAAGACGUUUCGGCGUGGUAGACAAGCGGUUCUGCGUCGAAGGUGGCUCCCGCUGCGGUAAAGGCGAAGGCCUAUUUGUUUUCGCAGCAGAGGGUGCUAGGGAAUUAACAGAACUCCUCAAUAUGUACAGCCACGAAGCACAAUCCCGUCUCAGCGUGGCGUCUAGAAGUGGUUCAGUUUUAGAAAAGCGGUAUUCCGAUACGAGCUCAUGUAUGGACGACUGUUUUAAUCAGUCAAUGCGCUCUGUGUCUCCGUCGUGGGCUGGUCCUUCGAGCCAGACUAUGCACUGUCUAUCUGGACACCUAGAUCUCGACUCAAGUAUGGAAGAAGAUAAGUUCCGGAGACCGACGUCCUUGCCCAGGUGCUCCAGUUGUGUAGGCAAGAUCAGUCACUUGGCGAGGUCAUCAACAAUAAAUACACCUGGUUCCAUGAUGUCUCCCGUCUGGACCAUGGAUAAUAUUAUGGAGAAACGUUCUGACUCGGACCGGGCAUCAAUUUACUCACGUUCCAGUGGCAGUGCCUCUGAGUAUUCAGUGCCACGCUGCCUUUUGGACAAGAGCUUCGAUUCUAAACGUGGAAGCCCAGUUGCUUGUUGUACCCCAACGGUUCCUGUGAAAACUGGGAACUCCUGCCAAUGCUGGCAACUGCCUAAGCCGUGCUGCUGCCGAAAGAAAACUUUCAACGGACCAUACGAGAACUACGAUGUACCAAAGAUCCCUAUGCCGUUAAUACAGGAACACCCAGCAGAUGUUCACGCUGAUGCGGCAAGCUUAUAUGAUACACCAAAGAAACUUAAGUGUCUUAUUGGACAAACAUGUGGUUGCAACCAUAACGAAACCAAAAACGACGAUAACCAAAACACUGUAGAGUCUUGUGAUAGCGCUAACAAUCAUUCCAAUUAUGUCAAUGUCACUCCAGCGAAACCACAGAUUGAUCUAUCAAAUUAUGCAAACAUAGAUAAAGCCACGUUGGAUGAAUUUGAAAAUUCUCUUCGAAUUUUACGAAGCGCAGGAUUCAGCCAGGAAGAAUUAGAUGCGCUAGAAGACAUACCCGAACAUGACAACACUCACACAACUGACUGUUGUAAUGAACACCUAAAUUACAUGCAUAUGGAGCCAUUAGAAAACAGCUCAUCCAGUAAUAGCAAGAACCUUUCAGACAAUAUUAGCAGAAUUAGUCACGUAUCAGACCCAACGCACUCGGAAACAGAUAACACAAUAAGCACUAGGCGUUCUAGCUCCGCAGACUUCACUAAACGACUCGACGACGACCUCAAUCCCAGCAUUUGUUUCACGCCAACUGUCAUCCGGCGAACGUCUAAGACAAACCGAAUCAACGAAGGCAUUCCAGUUAAAGAUGAUUUCAAAGUUCCCGAACCGAAAACUGAAAACAUUUUAGUUGCACGUUUCCGCGAUGCAGUUAAAAUUAGACGAUCGUCCAGUGUUCCGAGUAAAUCGGAUAAAAAUAGGGAUUCGUCCAGUUCAAACGAUUCCGGAGUAUCCACCGGAUCGCUUAAACAUCACAGGGGUGAUUUUAAUGAAUUUGAGAUGCCCGUAACUAAUUCGAGGUCCUCGAAGAAUCACAUGAGAAACAAACAAUUCAGGGCCACAUUGACGCCCGUGCACGCUUCCUUUGUGAAGUCGAGUUCAUCGGAUCCUUUGAAGAAUUUGACCUUUCAAUUCGAGGAAGUUGCAACUAUGGCCAAAUCCAACUCUUGUGACGUCGACACUUUAACGAGGCGAAAGAAAAGAAAUGGUGACACAGAUUCAACAGCGCGUCACAGCCAAAUGACGAACAAGAGCACAUCGAGCGGAGCAUCUGACACUUCAGAUUACAUGGAGUCACUCUCUGUCAGCUCUUUCUCUUCUUGCGACGUAUCUGCUGAUCGCCAUUUAACAAGACCGCGUUCAGGAAAAGAAUACGCGAGCAUUGACCGCGCCGUCUUAGCAGGCGUCUGUGACAAUUGACUGAAUUACUGUUGAGAGAUGACAUUCUUGUUAAAAUUUACAACAUAAUCAAAAAAAUAAAGCGUGUGUAUGUCUCUUUCUUUUAGUCCUAGAAUCGCAAAACAAAAGACAAAUAUUUCAUAAAAUAUAUUUUUUUCUAGCUGAAACGUCUAAAGACUUACAACGGAGAAAAGGGUUGUAGUAUAAGAGGCAAUUUCUUUUUCCAGUUGAUGUGUUUAUUAAUUAAUCUUGCUUUUAACAAUAAGUUACCUGAUAAACAUUACGAAGGCAUCUAUUUUUAUAUCAAUAUGUAUAUUACAUAAUGUAAAUAAAUUGUUUAUGGUCAAAAAUCCAUUAACAACACCACAGUGUAUGUCGAAGUCUAAAUGUCAGUUGUCAAAACAGCACUGUCAAUAUGACAUUUGAUGUAGUCACAUUAAGCGGGAAUUUAACUUACAUUUAUCUUAUAAAUAACGUUCCUAUGUACAAAUAUAUCAGCUAAAUAGUGUAGCUCUAACGAAUUUAGUUUUCAGUAGGGUGCCAAAAUUUAGUUUGUAAUAUAAUAUUUAAAAGCACUUCUAAACUACCCUUACGAUAUCUGUUGCAUACAAAUUUUUAUACUGGGAAAAUAUAUAUAUAUGAAAAUCAUUUUGCUGAUAUAACCUACUAGUAUGAACGGGUAAGAAUUUCCAAUUAAAACGCGAUAUAUUUGGAUUUAUUCAACAAUUCAUUUAUACAUAUCUUUUCAAUAUUUAAAAUAAACCCAGUCAAACUUUAAUGUUUCAAAGUAAUCUUAAGUAAAACUUAAAGUAGGUACUUAAUUUCCGUGCCUUUGCUAUGUAGCAUAUAAUUUUGUAUAAGUUACCUUUAUUCAUUUUAAUGUUUGACUAGUGUAUAAAUGUGCGGUUAAUUACUAAUUUUGUGUAUAAAAACUAGUUUUAUAACAUGCCAAUCUUUGUCAAUCAAAUCUGUGUUGCAAGGCCUGUAUGUAACGAUGAGCAAUAGUUAUAAAAUACAUUAUGUAUUAUGUGGAUAAAAUAAUGUUAAACAAACAUAAAUACAAGUUUAGAAUUUUUAUACAAUGAUAGCUUUUAACUAGCAUUUUAAAGUUUUUUUUUCUGCUACUCUGUGCAUAAAGUGACAGAAUGUUAAUUAUCAAAAUUAUCUGAUAGCUUAAUCUAUUUCUUAUUUUACAUUUUUAGUCCAGCUAAUCAAUGAUAUAUAAAAUUUUAAAAUUGAUAUAAAAUAGUUAUCCGUCCCGGAAUAUAUAAAAAUAUGUUUUUUAAAACCAAAUCAUGUCUAUUCCCCAACAGUUUUAAAGAUUUUGUCUAGUCAUUAGUAAAAUGGCGGUCAUAUUUAGCAUCUUUAAAUGUAAAACAAAUAUUUGAUGAUAUUUCGGGUAACUUGUAAAGAGUAAUAUUACUCUUCUUGGUAUUUCAAAAUUCUAUAUUUUUUUAUUUUAAUUCAUCAACAUUUUUUUUUCUUAAAUGUGUAAAUCUGUGUAAAACCAAAUUUAUUUUCAAAAUGGCCGCCAUACUUUUGGUUUCGGUAUUUGCACGGUUUGGUGUUUUUAUUUAUUUAAGGUGUUAUGUAAAAAGGCAUUCUAAACUUUACGUUGCUAUUGUAUUUUAAAGUUUGUAGUUUAUACGCCACUGAAGCGAAAUAUAGUGCAUUUUCAUGA